UGUAAAAAUGAAUGAAUUUACGGACGGCAUAUAUUUCUCUCCCGAGUCCAAUAUGGUAUUGGUCAAAUAAAUACUCGCGGUUCCUCAUGUAUACGUCUUAAAACCGUCUCUCGGUGUUAUUUUUCUCUUUUGAUUCCACUUCUUCCUGUCGCCCUUGUGAGGCCUGGGACGGCCGGAGGGCGAAGAUCGCCAAGCGACGAGAUGUGGGCGCCUGCGUCCUCCAUGCUUGUUCUUCUCGGCGCGACGGCGGCGCUCUUCGAGCUCGAGUAGACACCGUUGAUCGACUACAUUGCGAUUUCGCUCUUCGAGCUUGGCACUGAGGCGUCUAAGCUCUCGCUCAUACUUGCGCAGUAGUGAUGCCUGGUCAAGGUCCUCGUUGAGGCGCGGUACAUUGGUCACGCGCUUGGCGCGCAUGGCGAACUUGAGUGUCGAUAGCGUCUCAGCAGGGGCUUAUGCACGAUAGUAAGUAGGGUAUAUCCUGUAACAUAUCCUGUCGGCCUUUUACCUGGGGGGUACUAGGCUCCCACUAGCAACACCCAGGGUAUCAGGCUCCCAAUGGCUCAGGCUCCCAAUGGCUCGCUUUUGAUCAAACGGCCACGCCUUUGCGCAAAAAGAGAAACGCCUAAAGCUCCGAGUCUUUUUUUUUGUUCGAUUCCGCCCUUGUGGGCGCAAACUAGGGACCGACGGCGCGAUUUGCGCAGUGCCGCACCGCGCGCCCCGCACAGCUCUGCUAGUUCCGCCAGUAGCUUCGCGACGUGACUGGAUCGCUGUAUACGCAAUGCCACGUCGUCCCGCGCCACGAGCACAUCUAUACACACCACGUGAACGUUCCGUUCACUAAGCGAUCUGGUUUUACGCCUUCGUUCCGAGCGCCAUGACGUAUGCACGCAGGGAGGUUUGGCGUUCGUGGGCCGUAAAAUUCGGCGGCUCCGUCGGCCCACAGCAUCGCUCCGACACCCACGUACGACCAAGGGCAGUUCUAUCGCAGCACCGUUCCUCUCGUACAAGAAACGUGUGCGACGCGCCGCUACGGCCCCGAAUUCCCCCAGGACACCAGGGUGGGUCGAUUUUCCGGAUUCGCCGAAAGCAGUCGCGAGCAGCGCCGCUGGGAUUAUUUCUGAGAUUCUACAUAAAGUACCCACGUGUCCUCGAGGAGUCCUCGCUCUCACCGUCUACGCGUCCGCGGCGACGCCUUUAAUAGUACCCAGCCAGGGCCAUCUGGACCGCCUAAAGGUAAGUUUUGCCGUCUGGAAGUUCCCUGCGUCAGACGACCGUGCCUGCCGCUUGAGCAUCCGCCGUAUGUGAACAAGGAAGGGUCCGAAAGGGGCAUCCUGAUCAUUGGCAGCCACGCCGCCAUUUUAAGAAAGUAAGGUCACGGGAUAAUGAUGCUCCCGAGUUCUUCUAUCAGGUGGAUGAUAUCUGAACAAUAACCUCAUGAGGU